CGCGGGACAGGACGCGGGGACAGGACGUGGGAGGGAUUGCAACCAAGGGGGCCGCUGGAAAUCCGGGGCUCCGGGAGCUCAGAGCUGAGAGGCGCUCACCAGGGCCCCGGAGGCAGGGCCGGAGAGAACCCGGAGUGCGUUCGGCUACCAAGCCUGUGUUGUCUGGGCCCCGAGGCUGCCCCGGACGGUUCACAUCCCCCCGCGGCCGCUGAAUCUGUUCAGUCACUAAAACUCAAGUGAAUAAACUUAAAGAUCACGUUGGCUCUUGGGUGGUGCCGAGUCGGGCUGCGUCCCCAGCGAGCCUGGGAAGGAGCUUGGCUGAGCUGUAGGGACCGAGAGGCUUCUACGGGGCAAGGGCAUGAGAGGGGCGGUGCUGACCACGCGCUGGUCUGGGCAAGGCCGCCUUCCUCGGGGAGCAGAAGGGGUCUGUGGGCCCGACGACCCCACUGCUGUGAGCAGGAGAUUCCCGGCCGAGUGUGAGAAGUUGCACUCCUGGGGAUGGAGACUGCGGUGAGAUUAGGUAUGAGGUCUCGGUCUGCUGCUGCGGGGUUUAGCACCGCGACUGCACGCGGCUCCUGCUCUCUCUGUAGCGAUCAGAUGCGGCUGAGUGCUCACCUCGAAUCCUGCCAGGGUACAUAGCGAGACAACAGACACGUUUCCCCUUUCCCAGAGCUAGACAUUAAUCAGGUAUGUAAUUGCGUGUGUAUCUAUAUACACCUGACCUCUGAACAAGGCGGGGGUUCGGUGUGCCCCCCUCCCGUCCCCCCAUAUGGUGGGAGAUCUGUGUGUAACCUCUGGCCCCCUGAAACCUGGCCGCUGAUAGCGUACUGUGCGGGGGAGGCCUUCCCCGUAGCGUGAACAGUUGGCUGACGCACACUUCGUGCGGUGUCUGUGCUGUGUCCUGUGUUCUUACAGCAGGCUCCGGGAGACGAACGCUAAGGAAGGUGUGUUUACGGUGCUGACGGACUCUGUGUCAGUGGGCCUGCUCAGCUCCCACCUGUGUUGUGGAGGGACAAGCAAAUCUGAGGAAUGAGCUGGGUCACAGGAGGACAGCGAACGGGGCCAGGCACAUGGGGCGGGGAUGUGGUGUAGGAUGAGCUCCAACAGCUGGGCUGGGCCACGGGUUUGGUCUUUAUCUUCAGAAAGACGGGCAGCUGUUGGCAGCAUCGAAGCAGGACAUUGCGUUCAUACCUCAGAGUUCAGUCAUUCCUUGAUGGUGGGUCCAGAAGGAGCUCCUUACAGACCUGAAUCCCCCUCAGGCUGCUUACGGACAAGUAACAAGGACUGGCCUGGGAACCGGUGCAUCUCAGAGAGAACUUCCCGUAACCCAGCAGCCAGCACCCUACGGGAAUGGUGGAGCCCGGACAGUGAAGGUGGUGCCCCAGGUGCAAUGCAUAGUGCACGAAAGCAUCCGGCUACAAACCUGAGAAACCUGCACCGGGCUUGGGAAUUGGUCCUGAGUAAAUGCAGGUGAUCAUGCCGCAGCUCUGGGAACAUGAGACGUGGGCAUCCCACAGCCCUGCGGACUGCGGUCCUCACUCCCUGCCUCCUUCCCAGAGGCGUCUGCGUCCAGCCCUGCCGGCUGCUGGACCGCUGCUGCGCAGACACGAUUGUGUACGUGCUGUCGUGAAUAUACCCCUCUUUCCUCCGGGCUGCGGCCCGUGGGCGUUGGGCUGUUUCCAAUUUUGGACUUGGGGACAAUGCGGCUUUGAGCAAGCUGAUGGGUGUCCUGUGGUCCGCGUUUCUUGCUGCGUGUGUCCGUGGUUCCGUGUGUCCUUGGCGGGGAAUUGCCCGAGGUCCGUGCUGGUUCCAGCUUACCUGGCCCCUCCCAUGGGGUUUGGAAGCUCAUCUGCACUCCGUGUUCUGUUCUUAGUCUUUCCGGUGUGAACCAUUCUGGCCUGUGUGUGUGGUUUUCGCCUCUCGUUUCAGUUUGCAUCUUCUCCGGGUAGUUGGCCGUUUGGAGGUCUUUCAUGAAGGGCCUUGUGCACAUUCUUCUGUUGGCUUCUCUGUCUUAGGAUCUGUACGAAUUCUUUGUACGUCCUGGGUGUCUUGGUCAGCUUUUGGUGCUGUCCGUCUUCCCUACUCUGUGGCUGGUCUUUUCAUUCCCCGAAUGGUGUCUUCGGAGGAACAUAAGUUUUGUGUUUGUGGAUUUGUGUGCUACGAUACGGUAUUAUCGUGGAUGGAUGUUACUGAAAUUUCUACCUUUCUUGACCAUCUAAAUGGUAAUAUAGACUUAGACAAACAUGGUUUUUUUUUUUUUUUUUUUUUUUUUUUUUUUUUCUUUCUCAGUAUCUGUUCCUUUUAUGGCAAUAGUACUUGCAUUUCCUUGAGAGGCACAUCUUUUCCCUCUCCUGGCCAGGCCCCAGGGGUCACGGUUCAUGACAUGUGGGGCUGACUUGUCAGCACAGUUUUAUCCUUCUGAUCACAUGGUAAAUUCAAAGAUGAGAAAUGGCCCCAAAUGGCCCAAACUCAAUGACCUCAAUGUUGAGGCUUUGGCAGGAAGAGAUGGUCACCUUUCCCAGGGUGCCGGAGCUUGAGAGAGUGGCUGUGGGAGCCGCUGGCCAGCAAAUGGCAACAGAAAGGAGAAAGGAGAGCCAGAUAGACCGUCACAGCUCAGAGACGGAGAGGCCAGGCCCGGCUGGCUCAGGCUGCUGCACGGAGCCCUGCACACACCUUGCAGUUAAAGGCCUGCCCCUCCGGAGAUGCCCUUUCUUCAAGGCCCAUCCGGCUGAGCUUUCUCUAAUCUGCACUGGGAGGGUUCUCACUGACAGGCAGAGUAGCUGUCAUGGUGUCUACGCUGUGUCCCACUGAAGGUAAGGACCACCAUUGCGUUUUAUAUUCUACUUAGUGCUAUUUUGGACAUCCUGAAGAAAUGGAUCUUGGGAAAUGUAUAAUGAUUUGCUUGUUUUAAGUUUAUAGAAUGAACAUUUAUGAAUCAAUAUCUAGUUCUUUUUUUUUUUUUUUUAAAUUUGACAGAUCACAAGUAGGCAGAGAGGCAGGCUCCCCACUGAGCAGAGAGCCCGAUGCGGGAUCGGACCCUGGGAUCAUGACCUGAGCUGAAGGCAGAGGCUUAACCCACUGAGCCACCCGGUGCCCCAAUAUCUAGUUCUUAAAAUAUUUUGAUACACAUUACCAAAUAGCCAUAGCUCAUGCAUAUUUAUUUUCUUACCAGUGGAAAAAGUCUGCACAGGAUAUUUUUGUUUUAUAAUUUUAGUUAUUGCCAAGUUGGUAGAUGAAAAAUGAUAUUCUUUUGUCUUAUGUUGUAUUUCUAGAUUACUAAUUUUUGUUGGGCUCUGGUAUUAAUCCUCUUGUGAAUUUAUUGCUCCUGUUUAUUUUUUUAUUUUAAAAAAAGUCUUUUUUUAUUUUGUGUUUUUUUCCAUCAUGAUACAUGUACUCCGUCAUCCGCAUCACCCAUCUUCCCCAGGCCCCAACCCAUCUCCCCUCUGGUGACCAGCAGUCUGUGCUCCGUAGUUGAAAGUCUCUUUUUUGGUUUGUUUCUCUCUUUCUCUCUCUUUUUCCCCUUUUGUUCAUUUGUUUUAUUUCUUAAAUUCCACCUGAGUAAGACCUUCUGGUGUUGGGAGAAACCAUUUUGUGCUUAGUGUAACACUCUCUGCGUCCAUCCGUGUUGUCGCGAACGGCGAGAUUCCGUUCCUAACCGUGGCCGAGUGACACUCCGUUGUGUGUCGUCUUCUGCAGCCGUUUACAGUCUGUGGGCACUUGGGCUGCGGCCAUUACUUGGCUAUUGUAGAUGUAAACAUAGUGGUGCAUGUCUCCUUUUGAAUUAGUGUUUUUGUAUUCAUUAGGAUAAAUUCCCAGUAGUGUGAUUAUUGGGCCAGAGGGCAGGUUUGUUUGUGUGUUUGUUUACUUGAGAGAGAGAGAGGAGAGAGGGAGAAGCAGCUUCCCAGCUGAGUGUCUCCACUCAGUAUCAGUAUCCGCGCGUCUACCGGAUGCAGAGCUCCAUCCCAGGACCCUGAUAUGAUGACCUCACCCAGGCAGAUGUGUAACCAACUGAGCUGCCCAGGAGCCCUCAUAAUAGGGCAGUUCUAUUUUUAACUUUUUGAGGAACUUCCGUAUUGUUUUCCAGAGUGGCUGCAACUGUUUGCAUUCCCACCAGUGCACGAGGGUUCGCCUUCCUCUGCAUCCUCUGUGACACCGCUUGUUUCUUGUGUUGAUCUUAGCCGUUCUGACCAGUGUGAGGUGAUACCUCACAUCUUCCUCGUCCAUGCACCAGUCGAUGGACACGUGGGCUGCUUCUGUAGUGUGCCUGUUGGAGAGAUGCUGCUGUAAAUACGGGUGCACAUAUCCCUUUGAAUUAGUCCUUGUGUACCUAGUAGUGCAAUGCUGGUCAUAGGGUAAUUCUGUUUUUAACUUUUUGAGGAACCUCCAUGCUGUUUUCCAGAGUGGCUGCACCAGCGUGCGUUCCCACCAGCGGUGUCAGAGGGUCCCGUUUCUCCGAGUCCUCGCCCACACCUGCUCUUUCUCGUGCUGUUAAUGUUAGCCGUUCUCACAGUGCGAGGGGUACCUCACUGAGGUUUUGGUUGGUAUUUCUCUGAUGAUGAGUGAUGUCGAGCACCGAUUCAUGUGUCUGUUGGCUGUUUGUAUGUCUUCUUUGGAGAAGUGUCUGCUCAUGUCUUUGGGUCAUUUUUAAUUGGAUUAUUCAUUUUGGGGGUGUUAAGUCAAAAAGUUCUUUAUAGAUUUUGGAUACCAGCCCUUUAUCUGACAUGUCAUUCACAAAUAUCUUCUCCAUUCUGUAGGUUACCUCUAAGUUUUGUUGACUGUUUCCUUUGCUGUGCAGAAGCUUUUUAUCCUGAUGAAGUCCCAAUAGUUCGUUUUUGCUUUUGUUUCCCUGCCUUUGGAGACAGGUCUUGAAAGCAGUUGCUGCGGCUGAGGUCAAAGAGGUUGCUGCCUGUGUUCUCUAGGAUUUUCGUGGACUCCUGUCUCACAUUCAGGUCUUUCAUCCGUUUUGAGUUGAUCUCGGUGUGAGGUGUGAGAGAAUGGUCGAGUUUCAGUCUUCUGCCUGUGUCUGUCCCGUGUUCCCAGCACCAUGUUGAACAGGCUGUCUUCUUUCCAUUGGACAUUCCUUCCUGCUUUGUCAAAGAUUCGUUGACCCUAGAGUUGAGGGUCCACUUCUGGGCUCUCUAUUCUGUUCCAUUGAUCUACGUGUCUGUUUCUGCGCCAGGACCACGCUGUCUUGGUGAUCACAGCUCUGUAGUAGAGCUUGACGUCCGGAAUUGGGAUCCCCUCUUCAUCAGUUUCCCCCACCCUCUACUACCCCCCUCCCCCCCAGUUUCCUCUCUGUACUUAAGAGUCUUUUCUUUCGGGGGGAGUCUCUCUCUCUUUUUUUUUUCUUUGUUUUUCUCACACGUAAGUGAAAUCAUGUGAUACUUGUCUUUCUCUGGCUUAUUUCGCUCAGCAUAAUACCCGCUAGUUCCAUCCACAUCAUUGCAAAUGGCAAGAUUUCAUUCUUCUUGGUGGUUAGUGAUACUCUCUUUACACAUAUGCCACAUUUUCCUCAUCUCUUCAGUGGGGAGAUUCUUUUUUUUUUUUUUUUUUUUUUAAGAUUUUUUUUAUUUGACAGAGAUCACAAGCAGGCAGAGAGGCAGGCAGAGGGGGAGGGGGAAGCAGGCUCCCCACUGAGCAGGGACCCUGAUCUGGGGCUCGAUCCCAGGACCUUGGGAUCAUGACCUGAGCUGAAGGCAGAGGCUUUAACCCACUGAGCCACCUUGGCGCCCCAAUGGGGAGAUUCUUAAACAUUUUUUAAACAGUUAUAAUUUUUGAUAUAUUCUUACACGUUUCGUACAAUAUUUUAUGUUUGGGGGAAGCACUUGGUGGAGCCACACAGUCAUUUCACUGCAUCUGUCGGGGUCCCUCCCCUCAUCACCAGCUACAUGCUGGCCCCAGUGCUGGGCACUGGUUCCUUUAAAAUAGUCAAACCUACAAAGCAAAUUGUGGUACCCUUAAAACAUUUAGCUAUUUUUUUUAUAUGAAACUGCUUUCCAUGUCUUGGCAGUUUGCAAGAGUAAUAAAACCAAGUUUAUGAAUUGGAGAAGAUUGUACAUUAAAAUAUCGAGAAUGUUUUUAUUUUUUCUCACAAGCUCUUGCAGAAUUUUCAAGUCUAUGACAAUUGCGUCUCGUUUGCUUUAACAGAGACCUUUUGUUCUGUGGGAGCGCGCGAGCUCUCCCUGACGACUGACGACUUUACCGCUUAGAUCUCUCCGCUCGCCUGGUCCGUCGGCCUCACAGAAGCUGUGGUCAGGGUUUCCCGUCGGGUCUCCUGCCGGCGUGCUGGCUGCCUGCUUCUGGGGCGCUUCUCAGUAGCGUAGCUCGGGCGCACAGUCUUGUAGGUCUGCUUUGUGCUGUUCAGUCGUGACCACUGUCCCCCGCGCUUGAAGGUGCCUGUGGCCGACUGUCAGCGCCUGGGUGCUGUGUCCUGUGGGCCUAGCCCCCCGUCAGGUGUCCUGGAGGCUUUCUGUGGGAAGGCCCACCCCGUCCGCGGUCCUGGAAACUCUUGGGCCCAUCUGAGCUGGCACCGUGGAGCUGCAGGAUUGCAGCCUGGUGCCCUGACCCCAGCCCCGUAUUUUGCCUCUGAAGGGGUUACUUGGGUCAGGGUGUGUGAAGGCCAAGGAGGGGCACAUAGCAGGUGUUUGUGGCACUCAGCUGAGACCUGACUGGGGAGAGGCCGGCAGGUGGACAGCUGGAGGGGAAAUCUUGAGACAGAAGAGACAUCCGAGGUGAGGAGAAACAGCUCUUCUCUUAGAGCCAGGAGCAAGCCAGCAUGGUGGGUGCGGAAUUGAGAUUUGUUAGCCUUGAGGGCCGCCGUGCCGCCGGGCCCGGGGGAGGCUGCCCUUCGGGAAAGAGGUGGUGUGGGCAGUCUGUGGUGUCCUCACCACUGUCGGGGCGGGGGUGGUUUCUAGAUUGUUUUGUAGAUUUGUGUGAUCUUUCUUUUGGGUAUUGAGGCCAAAGUCCUCUUGGAGGAGGCCAGGCCUCGGUGUAGAUUGGGUGCGAGAGAACAGGGAAGGAAGGGCUGCCAUUCGCGUGGGCUCGUGUCCCUGGAAACCAGAACAUGUUUCUGCUGUGAAGAGAGAUCUGGACGUAGAAGGGGUCGACCUGAGAGUCAUCCGCUGUCCAGGCUCCCUGAGCCAGAGCCCUGUGCCUGGAGCGGGGACCGGGCCCCUCUCUCCCUCCCUGUCCCUCCUCAUCCUGACGUGUCCGUUGCGCCAGACUGAAAUGUGCGUUUUCCCGAGUAGCUUCGUUCAGCCCUCCGGCUCUGACCCGAGCUGAAGCGCAAGCCUCUGUCUGCUCCGUUGCCGAGCACAGCAGGCCGCCCCACUGGACGACGUCCCCUCUUGUAACUUCAUCCCGUCGCCGCUGGGCACUGCCACCUGGUUUUCUUCUGCCUGGACCGCCCUUUUCCCCGUGAAGCCAGCGUGUGACGCACAGCUGGUCCUGUGAGUCCACUCGGCCACCAUGGUGACCAGAUGGUUAAACCCUUUGUCCAUAGCCACGUCAGCACACUCUGUGGGUGAGCUUUUCAGGCCUAAUGCCCGGAGUGAGGCGCGGUGGAGCGGGAUCAGGGCGACUGGAGGACAAGGGAGAGCGCCUGCGAAGUCCUUAACCGGGAAGCGGGCAGGCUGAAGCGGCUUGUUAGUUUUGUCAACGUUUCAUUCAUUUGUGCUUUUAUAAGAGGGAGUCAGUUAAUCAGCGACUGUAUCACCUCAGGUAAUCGACUUAAAGGACACGAUGUUGUGUCACCGUUGAACAAACCCAAGGGAGGCGGCAGGGGCCUCGGUUAAUGUUGCACUUCACGACCAGCUUGCGUGGAGAUUUGGGAAAUGAUUUCGUCUCUCGAGGUCCUUGUAGUGGUGAGCAAUGUCAGUAACGACUUUCUGUUCGCUCCUCAGUGCUGGUGCCGGGCUCGUGCGCGGAGGACCAGCCUCAUCGGCGCCUCCGGGAGGUGCUGUCGGCCCGCUUGCUGGCCGCGGGAGGCGUGUCAAGCAGGAAGAGGGGCCGCGAGUCAAGUGCCGUCCCGUGGUUGUCCUCUGCACACCUGUGCCCUCAGAUCGCAGAUGGAAGACGCCCGAGGGAUUCUCUGUGCUGAUGGCGGCUGCCUCGGUGAUGUGCUCACAGAGAAGGGCCUGGUGGCCCCGAAGGAGCCUGUGGCCCACGUCCAGCUUGCUUGUAGUGCUCAGUACUGUGCUUUCCCUGCAGAUGGGAACACGCUUUGUGUGUGGAGCACCGAGGACCCUUCGCACCAGCCUCUGACCCUCGGAGGCCACCACGAGCCGGUUACUGCCGUGGCGUUCGGAAACGCAGCGAGCCCGCGCCUCCUCUGUUCUGCCUCACGAGAUCAUGUUAUAACGUGGAGACUACACGAGUGCAGACAAAAAGCUCUUCAAGGGCUGACUCCUCGGGGGCUGGUCGUGGGCACCCUGCUGGGAAAGGUGCUGUGUUUGAGGUUGAGCCCGGACGACCGCGUGGCUGCUGUGUGUGCUGGAAAGAAGAUAUUUGUGCUGGAUACUGCGAGCCGGUCUACACUAGCCGAGCUGGAGGGUCACCGGGGCGCCGUGACCGCAGCCGAGUUCUGUCCGUGGCAAACACGCAUCAUCGUCUCGGUGUCUGAAGACAGGAGCUUUAAGGUUUGGGAUCAUCAUGUGGAAUCACUGAUCUACAGCUCCUCAGUGCUAACAGCCUCCCCUCUCCUGAGUCUCCUCAUCCACGCGGGGAGCCGGCAGCUGGUGACAGGAUGCGCGCAUGGCCAGCUUUGGAUCUUCAGUUUGGUUGAAGGACAUCAUUACCGUUGUGUGACACGAGUUGACCUGAAGAAGAAGAGAGAGAGUUUCUCCCGGAGGACUGAGUCCAGGCUGUGCAGCCUGCCAGAAGACAGUUCGCAUCCCAGCACAGACGGCUGGAAGGAGAGAGAGGAGGCCGAAGCAAGCCUCCCGGUCCUGGGUCUGGCGUCGUGCGAUCUGUCCGUCAUCCUCCCUGCCGAGUGUGCGGGUCAGUCUUCUGAGAAUGCCGUGUGCUUAUGGAUCGGAAGCUCCGUGGGCCUGUUCCUAUUUAACUUGGCAAGCUUUGAACUGGAAGCCGCCUUACAUUACAAGGACUUCAGGAGCCUCAGCAUUCAGGUUGCCGGGUCCUGCGCAGUGGAGAGCGGAGCAGGGGGUGACAAGGCCGUCUGCUUACUCACGUCCUUGUUCGGCCAUAAGAUCGCCUUGCUGGAAAUCCACAUGGCCGCUCUGGUGACGUCGCAGCGGAGGCACGCCGCGGGAAGGGGUCUGUCCGUGCUGCCUCGUGCCCACGUCCUGUCCACGUCUCCGCUGCGCUUCAGACCCGCUGAGGAGAGGGCGCAGCCGGCUCUGCAGGCGCCGUCUGGUUCGGCGGGGCAGCGCGCCGUUAAGGACCGGCCCCUGGUCUUCCACAGCAAAGUGAGGUCGUCUGGGUACGCGUCCACACCGCGCACAACUAUGUUCUUGCCAAAGACCAACACCAGGAGCAGCGGUGGCCGCUCUUUCCCACGGAGCCACGGUCACAGUAAGGAGUACCCUUUGGAGCUUUCUCUGCCAACCAGAGUCCACAAGCAGCUUGUCCUCGCGCACGGGCCGCCCGCCGCCGCCACCUGCGUCCAGUACUCAGGAGAUGGACGGUGGCUCGCCUGCGGCUUAGCCAACCACUUGUCACUGGUCCUCCGCGCUGAUCUCGCUGGGACGCCUACUGUUUUUUCAGGUCACGACGGGCCGGUGAGCACCGUGUGCUGGAGCCAGGACAGCAGGUGGCUGCUCUCUGCUUCCCAGGACGGGACGCUGCGGCUGUGGUCGCUCCGCAGGGCAGAACACGUGUUGUGUGUGGGCAGGGACAUGUUUUCCAAGCCCGUUGGGUCCGCACAGUUUUACUACCUGGACGCUUUCCUCUUGUCGUCUUCCGGCCCCGAGCUCCAGCUCCUCAGGCACCACAUGGACACCAGCAAGGAUGAGAUCCGCAGAUACAGACAGAAGAGCUGGUGCAGGCGUGUCUUCAGGCUCCGGACGACCGGUGCGACGGGGAUUACCAGUUUAUCGGCCGUGAACGACUUCUACUCCUAUCUGGUGCUUGCGGCUGGCAGGAACAGGACUCUCGAGGUUUUCGACCUCAAUGCAGCGCGCAGUGCAGCCGUGAUAGUGGAAGCCCAUUCCCGGCCUGUCCACCAGAUCUGCCAGAAUAAAGGAUCGUCAUCCACCACCCUGCAGCCACUGCUGUAUAACCUGUUUGCCACCACAGCUGCUGGGGACGGCAUGAAGCUAUGGGACGUGAGAACCCUGAGAUGCGAGCGCUGUUUUGAGGGACAUCCAAACCACGGAUACCCCUGUGGGAUUGCCUUCAGCCCAUGCGGACGCUACGUGGCUUCUGGUGCGGACGACAGACACGUGUACAUGUAUGACGUGGGCUCGAGCACGUUUUCUCACAGACUGGCUGGACACACGGACACCGUCACUGGCGUGGCCUUCAGCCCGUCAGUCCCUCAGGCCUGUCCUGCCUCCUGGAGACCAGUCACCUGUCCCGUUUCCCUCCUGCUGGCAGGCGUGUCUGUGGUCUCGCCGUGGAACCUUCUCUGACUGGCUUUUUCAUGCAGCAGCAUCCUCUGAAGACCCAUCGUUCCUGUCCGCAGUCCUGGGACCUGGGCGGGCGCCCGUCUGCAGUGCCCUGUACCCCAGGCGGAGGGCGGUAAAUGCUUGCACGACUGCGUGACAGCUGCUGGGCACGGUGGCUGCGUGUGUGUGUUCACAGGAACUACCAGACCCUUGUCCAGAUGGCCCCUUACGUCUUACUGGGCACUGUCCCUCCCUGCUGGCUGGUGGGGCUGUCCGGGUCAGCCGGCGGGGCUGUGCCAGCCUGGCUCGGGGCCGUGCUCGCUCCGGGCGGGUUGCACGGCCUGUCCCCCGAGCCUCUUCGCCUUGAAUUCUGCCGUGUGUGGAGUGUCGUUCUCUGGCUCCCACCUCUCUCUUCCAACAGUUGUGUCUGUGCAGCUGUUCUGUACAGAAAUGAAGGAGGAAAAGACACUGGAAGCUUGAGAAUUGUAUUAAGCUUGUAGACCAAGUUGGGGAAAAGUGCCACCUUCUUGAUUUCAGCCACCACUUCGCGAACUUACGCGUGUGCUUGCCCACGACCCCAGCCGCCGUCACUGGAACUGAGUUCUCCGUGAGAACUUCUGUCCUGAAACCGUGUCGGCUUCGGUCAUGACUCUGGUUAAUUAAUUUCCUUGUUAGUUGAUUGUGAGCUGACUGUUUUCCAUUUUAUUAUCUUUUAUUUAUUUUAAGCUGCUGCAAAUACUUCUUGGAGGAAGAAAUCUUACCUGGUCAGUCGGCAGCAAAUGCAGGAGGGCCUCCCCACAGCGGGUCUCACGUGUGCGCCCUCCGACGGGCUCAUGAACUUACAGCUACAGGAUGUGCCUUUUCUUCUUCUUCUUUUUUUUUUUUUAGAUUUUAUUUACUUAUUUGACAGACAGAGAUCACAAGUAGGCAGAGAGGCAGGCAGAGAGAGAGGGAGAAGCAGGCUCCCCGCUGAGCAGAGAGCCCGAUGCGGGACUCGAUCCCAGGACCCUGAGAUCAUGACCCGAGCCAAAGGCAGCGGCUUAACCCACUGAGCCCCCCAAGCGCCCCAGGAUGUGCCUUGUACUUGCAGGCGUGAUGUUCAGAUCGUGCAUUUUGUGUAACGUUGGUACAGUUUCUGCUCCCACAUGACGUCGCGCCACGUAAGCACCCCCGGGCACGGGUCACCCGGCCGUGUCCCUGCAGUGUCCCCCACGCUGCAGUGUGCUCCAGUGCGUGUGUUCAUGCCUGACAAAGUCCACCAGAAGAAGGCGGCCCCGGCCCUGCAACGCUCACAGGCUGUGGUGUCUGGUGCUGCGCAGACCGUCCUGGCAGGGAGGUGUGGUCGGAGCCUGUGCGGCUGCCGACAAAGGACCAGGAAGCACUUGUUCGGAGAUCCGUGUGCCUGGUGUGGGUUCGGCUGGUUCUCUGGCGGGAGCUUUAACUCCUGCGACUGAACCCAGCCCUUCUCCGUCUGUUCCUGCUGACUCAGAACUCGUUCCCGGCACCUUGCGCGCUCCCCCAGUAACUCCGUGAUGGCCCAGCGGGAGAGCCACUGUCCUCACCACCGGUCAGGAGGGACCCGAGAUCCUGCAGAGUCACCACCUGGAGCCAUGACUCAGAUACAGCUUAGUUUUCUUUUUCAUUUUCCGAGUAAGAUACGGCGAUCCCGUGUGGUAAGUGCCUCACUCCGUGGACUGCUCUAAUGCCAGUGCGCGCUGGGGUCCCCCUUCCCACUAACGCCGCUUCCCCGCUGUGUUCUUCCUUCUGCGUUUAGGAUUGUUCGUUCCCACUCUCCUCCCUCCAAGUGCAAUAUUUCACCAAUUUAUUUUCAAACAGUUUUUUUCUUCGUGUUUGCAUUUAAGGCUAUAAGUGUCUCUCAAAGGACCAGCUUAGUUUCAGCCAGUGAGUUUUGGCAUGAAGCACUUUGGUUUACAUUGAAUUUUAACUACUUAAAAUUUCCCUUAUGGUUUCCUGUUUUCCUCAAUGAGUUGCUUUUCUUCCCCCAAAGCAUGUGACUUCUAAGCAGUUAUUUCCAAGGGUGAUUACUCGUAGGACCUCGGCCCUGGGGCAGUGGCCUGCUUCCCUCUUCUCUGCACGCUGGGAAUGGACGGGAAGGAGAGACGCCGCGUGUCCGUUUCCUCCUCCUCUCAGCGCUCCCCACACUGUCUGCCGUCGGCUGCUCCUCUCGUCUUCCCGGGGACCCUGCUGUGUACUACUCCACAUCGCUCCACAUUACCACACCCGCGCUUCCUGCGGCUUACGGGUCGCAGACACGGCAGAGUUCUGUUAGCAGAGCCAGGCCGGACUGCAGCGCUCUGCACUGAGGUGGCGUCCCUUCCCUGGCCACUUCCUGUCAGUCCUUCCGUCUGAAUGUCAUGAUUCAGGUGAUAGUGUCUUGUCUUUCACCUGGACAACAUCACACAUCCACCAUUUUUUGGGCUACUGACUUACUUAGACGCACUUUUCCAAAUGAAUUUUGCUGUUUUUCAUCCUGGUACUUUGUUUCUUUUGUUUCUUUUUCUGUCUCUGCAAGGUGGAUUGUAAAUACUUUUCCCAGUGCUGGCUGAAAGCCAACAAUUAUUCCUCUCUCUUAUGGUAACUGUUACCCUUAAUACUGUAACCUCACACUUAGCUAUAGGUUUUCAUGGAAGAGGUCUGAAGUUGCUCUGUGCUGUUUCCUCCUGGACAGGAUCAGGAGCUCAGCAGCUGCCCAGAGUGUGGGGACUGCGGUCGUCCAGGGUAUGGAGUCAUUGUUUGGAGUUUUGGUCAAAUUCUGGUCACUGGUUUUCUCUCGAAUCUCAUUUCGUCUAGGUUCUCUCAUCUCACCGGAAUACACUUUUAUUCAUGAUGACUUUCCCAGUAAGGUUUUGAAAUUAAGUGAUAAAAUCUCUUGGUCUUUGUGUAUCUGAAAAUACCUCCAUUUUGCCCUUAUGCCAAAAUAAUAGCUCAUCUCGGCAUAAACAUCUACACCUGCCGCUGAGCCUCUGAACACACCAUCCCUUCGCCGGCGGAUGCCGGACGUCGCAGAUGAGGAGUCCAGUGUCCGUUAGUUCUGCGCAUGUUGUUUUUCCAGCAGUGCCAUUAAGAUUGUGCUCUGGAGUCCAUUCAGUGUAGUUUUUAAACUCAUGGGUUUUAACUGAUCUUUCUUUUUUUGAAAAAUAUUUUUUUAUUUAUUAAUUUGACACGGAGGGGGAGAGAUCAUGAGAGGAAGAGAGCACCAGCCGGGGGAGUGGGAGAGAGAGAGGGAGAAACAGGCUCCCUCUAAGGAGGGUCCCCCAACACAGGGCUCUGUCCCAGGGUGUGGGGAUCAUGACCUGAGCCAAAGGCAGAGGCUUGACAACUGGGCCCCCCAGGGGCCCCUCAUUUAUUAUAUUUUUUAAAUUAAGGUUUACUGAUAAGUAGUUGACGUAAAGUUCAUUCUCUGUGGCAUAAAAUUAAAUAAGAGUUGAUGGAUGUAGUCCAAGUCAAGUUGGCGAGGUCCCCUACCAGAUACCAAGUCCCACCAGAUUCAGAUAGAGAGUAUCUACCACCCAGGUCCUCCGAGUCCCUUUGUAGUCAGCUUUUCCUUCCCGCCCCUGCCACCGACUUGACUUUUGUUCCUUAUGUCUUUUCAGAAAGUCCUACACUUCGAGUGUUACACUGUGUUUGGUGUGUUUACUCUCACGUGUGCAAUAACGGUUAUGAGACUUUCUGUGCUGCAUGUGUCAGUACUGUGUUCCGUCGUGUGGUUUCACACCUGUUUAUACUAGUUCACCAGCUUGUGGAAGCUGUUGUCGUUGCCAGCUUGUGUGUAUUACGAGUAAAGCUACAGAAGCAUUCGUGAACACCUCUUUGUGCCAACACAUGUGUUUAGUUUGUUUGGAUAAAUAACUUACAUAUAGAAUUUCUGAGUUCUAUAUGAAAUGUAUAUUUUAUUUUAUAAAAUACGUGCCAAAAACUUUUCCCAAGUGGCCAAUGUUCCCUUCCUCCAGCACUGAAUGUAUAAGAAUUCCCCUUGUUUUGCAAUGAGGGCAGAGUAUUUCUUAUUCUAACACCAGGUGAAUAUAAUGCAAAAUGUGAUCAUCUGCCCCUUUCAGUUGUGGACAAGCCUUUGUGAAUCCUAAAUAGAACAUGGCCAACUGACUUCAGCUGUAUGCUUAAAAAGGCAUUUUGAUUAAGUAGGAUUUAUCUCAAAUGCAAGAUUUGUUCAACAUUGGAAAAUCUAAUGACUUAAUUCACUAUUUUGAUAGAAAAUAUUUUGAUUUAUCUCAGUAGAUGCAGAAAAAGCAUUUAAAUCCAUUACUGUUUAGGAUGAAAAGAAAAUCUAACAAAGUAUGAAUAGAAAAGAGAUUCUUAAUCUGAUGAAGGUUAUAUGCCAAUAUUCAUAGGAAAUAUUAUACUUAAUAGAUUUUACAUCCAUUCUCUUUAAUAUCAGGCAUAUGACAAGGAUAACAACUCUUACAACUCCUUUUAACAUAAUAUUGGAGAUUCUGAUCAAUAAAACAAGUGAAACAAAUGAGAGUAAAAAGGCUUGGAAGAGGAGAGACAAAACUCAUUAUUUGCGGAUGGUUUGAUUCAUUUAACUGGAAAAGACUAAUCGAAUCAUUAAGCUUUUAGAAGUAAUAUAAUUCAGCAAAAUUUCAGUAAAUUUGCUGCAUGUAAUACUUACUAACAAUCAUCAGUGUCCCAGUAAUAACUACCUGAAAUUAAAAUAAAAAUAAGAUCUCCUUUAGAAUAACAAAUAACACUUGAAAGUAUCUAGGAGCUUAACUAAGAAAAAUAACUAUGGAAAAAACUUUAAAACUCCAAUAAACUGCAUAGAAGUUCUGAAUAGUAUUCCAUAUCCUUUCAUAAUUUUAGUAACAACUUAAUAGAAGGUUGCCACUUCUUCACUAAUUUAUACAUUUAUUCCAAUCUUAAUAAAAAUUCCAGCAGGAUUCAAUAAACUUACUCCAAAGAACAUUUAUUGGAGAAAAAAAUCCAUAAAGGCAAAGUCAACCUUAUAUUUUAUUUAUCAGAUAUUAAGACAUGUCGAGUGAAAUAAGUCAAGCAGAGAGAGUCAAUUAUCAUCUGGUUUUGCUUCCUUGUGGAGCAUAAGAAAUGACACCGAGGACAUGGGGAGACAGAGAGGAGAAGGGAGUUGGGGGAAAUGGGAGGGGGAGAUGAACCAUGAGAGACUGUGGACUCUGAGAAACUAACUGAGGGUUUUGGAAGUAGGAGGGGUGGAGGUUGGGUGAGCCUAGUGGUGAGGACUAAGGAGGGCACGGAUUACGGAACACUGGGUGUGGUACAUAAACAAUGAAUCUUGGAACACUGAAAAAAUAAAAUUAAAAAAAAAAAAAGA